AUGAGCUUCAAGGGUUUCUCCAAGGGCAUUGCCCGGGCCCCUCAACAAUUCCGGCAGAAAUUCAACAUGGGCGAGCAGACCAAGGACCCCAUCUAUUUGGAUGCCGAGCGGCGGUUCGACGACCUCGAAGCCCAGACCAAGAAGCUGCACGAAGAAAGCAAACGCUACGCCGAGGCCAUCAACGGCAUGCUCACCCACCAGAUCGAAUUCUCGCAGGCCAUUGCCGAGAUUUACAAACCCAUCAGCGGCAGCGUGUCGGACCCGGACUCGUUUAUUGCAGAGGGCAACGUCGAGGGCAUCCGCGCGUGCGAGGAGUACGAGGCCGUGGUCAAGGACCUGCAGGAGACGCUCAAGCCGGAGCUGGAAAUGAUUGAGAGCCGCGUUGUGCAGCCGGCCGACGAGCUGCUGGUCGUCAUCCAAGCGAUCCGCAAAUGCGCCGUGAAGCGCGAGCACAAGAAGCUGGACUACGACCGGCACCGGGCGGCGCUCAAAAAGCUGCAGGACAAGAAGGAAAAGUCUCUGAAAGACGAAAAGGCGCUGUACAAGGCGGAGGCGGACUUGGAGCAGUCGACCCAGGACUUUGACUACUUUAACGACUUGCUCAAGGACGAGCUGCCCAAGCUGUUCUCGCUCGAGCGCCAGUUCAUCCAGCCACUCUUCCAGUCCUUCUACUACAUGCAGCUCAACGUGUUCUACACACUGCACGAGAAGAUGCAGCAGGUGGACAUUGGCUACUUCAACCUGACGCUCGACGUCCAGGAAGCCUUUGACAUGAAGCGCGGCGACAUCCAGGAGCGCACCGAGAAGCUGUCGAUUGUCAAGUUCCGCACCACCGGCGGCCGGCGGCCGGGCCAGCCGCCCAAGUCCAAGUACGGCAACCGGUUGGCGAUUGAGGGCCGCAAGGACCGGCCACUGGCCAUCACGCAGGGCCCCAGCUCUGGCGAAUACGACUCCGCAUCGCCGCCCGGGUCGCCCGCCACCGGCAACACCGCCACCUACCCCUACCGCAGCCGCGCCAGCUCGUCCGCCGAGCACCCGCCGCCGCCGUACUCGGCCGAGGUCGACAGCAGCAACAGCAUGACCAAGUACGGCAGCCACGUCGGCAGCAGCGCCAGUGCCCUCGCUGCCGCCGCCAAGUCCAAGCCGCCGCCGCCAAAACCCAAGCCGCAGCGCCUGAGCGCCGUGCCCGCAGCCGAGACGGCCACAGCGCUGUACGACUAUGCAGCGGCACAGGACGGCGACCUGAGUUUCUCGGCGGGCGACGUGAUUGAGAUUGUCACGCGGUCCGACAAUGUCAACGAGUGGUGGACGGGCAAGCUGCAAGGCCGGCAAGGGCAGUUCCCAGGAAACUAUGUGCAGGUUGACGGUUAG